AUGGCAGGCGCUGGCGAGCGCAAAGGCAAGAAGGAUGACAAUGGCAUCGGCACAGCCAUUGAUUUCGUGCUCUCCAAUGCCCGGCUGGUGCUGGGGGUGGGCGGAGCGGCCAUGCUGGGCAUCGCGACGCUGGCGGUUAAGCGGAUGUACGACAGGGCAAUCAGUGCCCCUACCAGCCCCACCCGCCUGGGCCAUUCGGGGAAAAGGAGCUGGGAAGAACCUAACUGGAUGGGCUCCCCCCGACUGCUGAACAGGGACAUGAAGACAGGCCUGAGCCGGUCCCUGCAGACCCUUCCCACAGACUCCUCGGCCUUUGACGCAGACACAUUCUGCCCACCCCAGCCCAAGCCACUGGCCAGGAAGGGCCAGGUAGACUUGAAGAAGUCACGGCUCCGCAUGUCCCUGCAGGAGAAACUCCUUUCUUACUACCGGAACCGGGCUGCCAUCCCUGCUGGCGAGCAGGCUCGGGCCAAGCAAGCUGCCGUGGACAUAUGUGCUGAGCUCCGGGGCUUCCUGCGGGCCAAGCUGCCUGACAUGCCACUUCGGGACAUGUACCUGAGUGGCAGCCUCUAUGACGACCUGCAGGUGGUGACAGCCGACCACAUCCAACUCAUCGUGCCCCUUGUUCUGGAGCAGAACCUGUGGUCGUGUAUUCCCGGCGAGGACACCAUCAUGAACGUCCCCGGCUUCUUCCUGGUUCGCCGCGAGAACCCCGAGUACUUUCCUCGUGGGAGCAGUUACUGGGACCGCUGUGUCGUGGGCGGCUACCUCUCCCCAAAGGCAGUGGCAGACACGUUUGAGAAGGUAGUGGCUGGCUCCAUCAAUUGGCCGGCCAUAGGGUCUCUACUGGACUAUGUGAUCCGCCCGGCACCGCCCCCAGAGGCCUUGACUCUGGAAGUGCAAUAUGAGCGUGACAAACAUCUUGUCAUUGACUUCUUGCCAUCGGUGACUCUCGGUGACACUGUCCUGGUGGCCAGACCACACCGGCUAGCCCAGUAUGACAACCUGUGGCGGCUGAGCCUGCGUCCUGCUGAGACGGCGCGCCUGUGGGCUUUGGACCAGGCCGACUCGGGCUGCCGAUCUCUGUGCCUCAAGAUCCUCAAGGCCAUAUGCAAGUCCACUCCAGCUCUGGGCCACCUCACUGCCAGCCAGCUCACGAAUGUCAUCCUCCACUUGGCCCAGGAGGAGGCUGACUGGUCUCCAGAUAUGCUGGCCGAUCGGUUCCUGCAGGCUUUGAGGGGGCUCAUCAGGUACCUAGAGGCCGGAGUCCUGCCCAGCGCCCUGAACCCCAAGGUGAACUUAUUUGCUGAGCUCACCCCUGAAGAAAUAGACGAAUUGGGAUACACUCUCUAUUGCUCGUUGUCUGAGCCAGAGGUGCUGCUGCAGACGUAGGGCAGGGGAGGGCUAGAGGGGUGCUGGGCAGUCAGGCCUGGAUUCUCUGUUAGAAACACGGCUCUAGAGAUGGUGCCUCACAGGGUCCCUAGGUGCCUCCCGUCCUGCUGUCCAUCGCCCUGGUCACUUCAUGCUGAUUAGAAUGACAUCUCUUAAAUCUCCUAUUUUCUCAAACCCAACCCUUUCUAUUUUUGUUACCAAACACUGUGCUCCCUCCUCCACCUCUACCCCUCGCUCCAGGCUAAUUUUGCUGGAAUGAAUUGACCAGGUGGAGCACCGCCUGAGCUGUUGAAAACACUGGGUGUUUUGCAUGGGGCCCAGGUUUCUGCUCCCGUCUGUCCCGCUGCCCGUCGGCCUGCUUCUCUCCCGUGUCUUCCCUACCUUUUCCUCUUGUUCACGCCUUGUUUUGUUCCUUUCCCUGGAGCACACCUGCCUAAUCAAGAGGUUGCCUUUAGUUGACUAUCACUGACCUUCCUGCAUGUUUCCAAGCUGACCUCUGCGGAGCGCUCAGACAGAUUUAGGGUUUCUGGGAGUACAGUGACCUUCGAUUCAGGUUCCUGGGAAAGCAGCCCAUUCCCCCAACCUCCUGGCCAACUCCUAGCCCUAGGGCUGAGAGGUCUCUCAUGGGAACACGGUCACUGACCCUCACAGAGUGGGGGCUCAAGAUAAACCGAUGCAAUGUUAUUUGGAGAGUGUGUUUUAGUGGCCACCAGUGAGCAUGCAGAAUGGGGGAACCGGAGGUGGCCUGGGAGAGGAUCUGUGUACUUGGCGUCUCCAGCUCACGUGGCUGGUCCAGACCACACCACCCGUGUGCAGGAGUCAGAGGAAGACGAGGAGGGAGGGGCUGCAAAGGCAGCACCUCUGCAUGAGCGCGUUCAUUCACCCCUUCCUUGCCUCCUUGUCCUUUAGGAUGAGGCCUUCAGGAACAGCCUUAGCCCUAGAGGCUGAAGGGAGGUGGACAGGCAGCAGGAUGUCAGCUGGAAGACCCAGCCCUCAGUUGUGGCUCAGUGACCAUGCUUCUCCCCCAUUAGGCCUGCCUUUCUAGGGUGUUGUCUUAGAGCAAGAACAGUCCUAACAGUCCGCCAUAGUAAUGUGAGAGGGCUGUCUGCGGAACUCUCCAGGCACCUCCAGAGGCCAAAGGGCACCCAAACAUGCUCAGACCUCUCCCCUAUCCCCCACCCCAUCCCAGUUCUGUCUCUCUCUCACCCAGCACCUGGGGAGACUGGUGCUACCUAGGAAGAGUGCACACGGAUAAAACACAUGAAGGAGGUGGGGACUUCCUACGCUCCUCGUUUCCCGCUGCUACAAUUGCACUAUUUAUUGCAAUGUAAACAGUACCCUGAGGGUGGGGAGGAGUGUUUAAUACACAAUGCCAGUGCA